UUAGAAUGUAUCUAGAGCUAGUCACAUAUUCAAAUCUCAUUACAUACUCGUAAUUAGUACAUCCAUGUGGCUUAACAAUUCACUGUUGAGAAAAAACCAAAACAUUUUUGAGUUUUUUAUUCCAUCCAAAUACUCAAAACUGGAUAACUUGCUUUACUAUGGAUCAGAGAAUAAAACAGAAUUGCCGGUAACACAAUCUGAUCUUUCAGAUGGAAGUGAUUUAAAUAGUAACUACAUAAACCAUUUUGACAGCGAUGAAAAUGGUUCAGAAUUGUCAUCAUUUUCUCAUGUUGAUGCACCGAGCGAUACCAUAUACAUGAUAUGCGGAGUUGUGAUUGCUAUGCUUCUUGUUGGACUUAUAAUAAUAUUAGUAGCUGUAACUAUAAAUAAAUUGCGGAAACGAGAUGAAUCAAUUACAACAACAGCUGUCAGCAUUGAGUCACAGCAACACGGACGCCAAAGUCGAAGCAACAGUUCGGAUAAUAACCACUACCAUGAAGCGCAUGAUCAACAAAUCUUUACUAACAGCACAGCUAUGACCGAUUGCAAUGACAACAGCGCUUUGGAAUUGGAGACCAUAACAUUUGCCCGAACGAGUGGUGGCUGCAAUACAACAAAUGGAUGGGUAUUUCCACCGAAGGCUCCAUCACCAAAUAUUUCUAACUGUGCAAAUCAUGAUUCAAUGAUUACUGUAGGCGAACGUAAUGGAUUCAAGGGAUUUAAGAAGCAAUUCAGUGGUCGAUUUAAACGACUGGUAUCCAAUAAAACUAAAGAUACUACAUCUCCAAUACCUGCUGAACUUAAACCACAGUUAAAAACAAUUUAUGUCUAUUAAAGUUUACAUUUUUAUUGAAAUGGAACUGGUACUAAAGGUGUUUACAACUUUGGAGUUAUGAAACAUGUUUAAUUAUGAUUUUUAUAAUAAAUUAUAAUUAUAUUUAUAAACAAAUUAUCCUUGAUGAACAUAAUUGUUAGAUAGAUGUAAAUUAUUUGCAAAUACUAAAGUUGUUAUAUGUAUGUAUUAUAUAAAUGUAUGUGUAUGUCAAAAUUGUUUAUCUAUUAUCAUAUAAAUGCAAACAAACGUUGAGUCAAGGUAAAUACACUCACAUUGAGUGUCAUGCCUUAAUAUAAAUUAAUGAAAAUAAAAUUUAACUAUUAAAAAUAAA